AUGGAUUCCUUUAUCCACGUCGCCGGCUGGUCUCAGCAUUUCCCCUCCUCAGCACGAUCUCUUAGCCAUCUGCGGUCAAUAUCAACAACUCCCGCAUCUGUCGACGACACAUCAUCAUAUGGGCCUCGACCACCGCCCAAAUCACCAUCGGUUUCGCAACUGCCCAUCAUUUCACUGGCGUCAAAGGCCUCAUCCUACUUCUCCAGCAGUGAGAUGAGCACCCUCCCCGAUCCCCGAAUGCGAACCGCCAGCUCGUCUAUCAACGGCGCCAGGCCCUCGACCUCCCACUUGGGCAUCGGCCACGACGACGACGACGGCUUCUCGACUACUUCCCAACAUCCCGACCUCAGCGAUGAAGUUGCUACGCUCAGCACGAAGCUCAUUCACGCCAUCAACCAUCAAACUGCGCUUGAUGAUACAUUGUCAGCAACCCGCCAUGAGCUAGACGCUGCCCACGGGCGCAUUCGCGAGCUGGAGGCUCAGGUGGCCUCUCAGCGCGAAAUGAUGGCCGGUGAUGUCUGGAUUCGCAAAACUACGCUAGAGAGUGAGCGUAGAGACUGGCUGGCCGAGAAGAAAGUCAUCCAACAGAAGCUUUCUGAAGAGACCAAGGGCCGGUUAGAAACAGAAAAAGAGAAGCGAAAGAUUGAGCAAGAGCUGGAAAAUCUCACGACGGCCCUGUUUGAGGAGGCAAAUAAAAUGGUCAUUGCGGCCAAGGAAGACGCUCAGUUCCAGCAUGACAUGUUACAGAAGAAAAACGACCAGCUCAAAUCUCAGCUCGCCGAUUCCGAGAGCCUUCUCAAGUCGCAACAGGAGCAGCUAUCUGAACUGAAACUGGUCAUGGAGACCAUGAUGAUGGAGCGUGACGACCAGACUAACAACACAACACCCUCAACUCCUGGCUUCGAUUCCAAGGACGAAGACCACAUGCUCGCCGAGAAGCCGGCACCCUCUCCUUCCGGACACUCUACCGAAACCCAACACACCCCGGCUCCUCCCACCAGCUACACCCAUCUUAUCCAGCCAGUCUUGCGAACCGACCUUGCCGCAUAUGAAGACUUCAUCGCGCUUGCUCACCUGUCUCAUCAGCGCUCGGGAAGCCGCGUUUCUGGUGGCUCUGUUGGCGGGUUCAUUGGACUUGGCGGCUCAACUUCUAGUGUACAUGUUUCUAACGGGUCUACUUCAUCAUUGGGUGGCUUUUCAAGCAACAAUAAUAGCACACCACAGUCUCCUAAUGCCAAUGGCUCAACAGCUACAACGAUCCCUCAUCUCAAGGAGACUCGCUUCUACAAGCGCACCUUGACUGAAGAUAUCGAGCCAACACUGCGCCUUGAUGCCGCGCCUGGACUGUCAUGGCUAGCUCGUCGUACUGUCCUGGCCGCCGUGGCCGACGGUUCGCUAGUAGUAGAGCCUAUCCCAGUGCCGACGACGUCAUCCGGCUUCCUUCCUGUCCCGAAGCCGCAGUUUUACCCUUGCGCUCUGUGCGGUGAAUCUCGCAAGGAUGUAGAGCACCUGCGCAACUACCGUUUCCGCGUGAGCGAGGCUGACUCUGCCCAACGGUAUCCUCUUUGCAGCUAUUGCACCGUCCGUGUACGAUCCACUUGCCAGUUUAUCGGAUUCCUUCGAAUGAUUAAAGAUGGAUACUGGCGCGCCGAUGACGACGAAAAUGAGAAGGCAGCGUGGGAAGAAAGCGUGCGUCUGAGAGAGCAAAUGUUCUGGUCACGCCUUGGAGGCGGCGUUGUUCCGGUCCCCCACGGAGAGGCACAGGUGGAGGCAUCUCAUAGCCGUCACCCAAGCAUGGCUCAGGUAAUCGAAGCUCCCGUCAUUGUUCCAACGGGGAUUGAUACUCCCAAGGAGGUUGACACUCCUAUGGCGGUUGAUUCUCCCAAAGAGGUUGAUGCUCCCGAGGAAAUUGAUGCUCCCAUGGCGGUUGAUGCUCCCAAGGAGGUUGAUGCUCCCAAGGAGGUUGAUGAACCAAUGGAGAUUGAUGCGUCCACCGAAAAGGAUGUAUCGACAAACAAAGAUGCACCUGCAGAAAAGGAAGAGGAGGCAUCCGUUGCUGAUACGAGCUUCGAUACAGCUCCCCCUUCCGAGGUCGAUGACGAUGGCAGCGAAUUCGAGCCGGGACACCGUGAGUCUACCGAUGAGCCUCACACGCCCCAUGACCAGGAGGAUGGAACCAAGCCCCUCCGCUAUUCGGUGCAAUCCUUGGCCCUGGAUACCAUGAGCAGCUCAGGAUCCGAGGCUACCAAGCGUCUCUCUACGACUACCAUCAUCGAGAACUAG